AUAUGUUCUCCUGGCCGAUCUCUUCCAUAACCAGCCAUAUAUCCCAGAGCUAAUCCGCUUCAAAACGUUUAAUUUUCUCGCCACGGUCCAGGCAGGGAAGCCAUGGCCAAGGCCACUAGCACUUCUACUAGCCACUCUUUGCUCAAAGGUCUGGGCGCCAAACUGCACGCAAGCGUGUCGCGUUUGCGCAAUCAUCGUCCCAUCUUCCCCGCCUACAGUACCGCUUCCACGUUCUUGCUGCCCGCCCUCGCCGUGCUCGUCUGCGGCACUGCUCUCUCGAGAGUCGUCGUCUUCUUCCUGCCGCUCGUGGUCUCCACCUCCAUCUGCUGCGCGGCGGUGUACCUGCUCGUUGCCUCGGAGUCGUCGGAGGGAGGGGCGGCGAAGGAGGUCGUGCUCCUUUGCGGCGAUAGGGCGGAGGUCGGGCUAAUGGAGGUCUACGGCGGCGCGAACGCGAGCGCGUACGGCAACAUGCGCGACGUCCAGGUGGGCUGCUUCCUUCACCGCAGCCCCCUCGGCGUCGGCGGCUUCGGCUGUGGGUGGAGGAAGAGCGGGGUCGACGAGGACGGCAACGAGGUGGUGUUCGCCGGCAGAGUGGCCAUCGGCGGUGGCGUGCAGGAGGGCGCGGCGCUGGAGGAGGAGCUGGUGGCUCUCCAGGUGGACAGGUUGGCCGAGGGCGUGUGGGAUAGCUACUUCGGCGGCUCCUCCAGGUGGAACUACGUGACGGAUGGGUCUGAACUCUGAAGAGAUCGCGCAGCACUUGAGCGCUGACGAGUGACGACUAAAUUCGAGUCAAUUAAAAAGGACUGGAGGGAGUAACUAUCACGCUCGAUUCCCGUUGAGAAAAUAAUCGAUUGAGCAUUUUAGGACCUAUUCUCAAGAACAUAUGUUUAUUUCAAGCAUCCCGCCAUUCAUGUUUCGAAUGCCACAAGACAUUUGUUGUUGCUGUUCUCCUAGUUCGUCAAUUAAACAUCCCGAUGGUUACUUAAUCCUCUCGUCGCAGCAAGACAAGAUUAAGUUCGCGACCGGUAACAAAUUCAGAAGUUUGUAUACAAAUUAAGAAGUUUGUAUACAUGCAUGUGCAUGUGCCUACAAAAAGAAAA